AUAACAAUUUAAGUGAGCAAUAAAUAAUGCAUAUAUUAAUUUUAUUUUACUUUCAGUUUCCCCAAACAAUCCCGCGAUUACGGGUUGCUUUUUGGUUUUCUUCUCUCGACCCUACGCUAAUCCAUCGGCUCGAUCCAAUCCCAGAAAAAUCCCCUUUUUUUCUUGAGUUUUCCUUUCGAAUCCGUACGGUUCAGACUGCUAGGGUUUCCGCUGCGGCGGAUGUUUUUGUUUUCUUUGUUUAAAUUCGCCGACUCCUAGGGUUUUUUUUUUUUUUUUAUCUGGAUCAGAUCUGGGUUCUUUUUUUGGAAGCGAUUUCGUUGUUAAAAUUUCGCAAAGAUGUUUUGGCGUAUGGCCGGAUUGUCCACUGCGUCUCCUGUUGAGACAGUUUUAGAUAAGGAAAAUUUUACACUGGAGGAGCUUCUUGAUGAGGAUGAAAUUAUUCAGGAAUGCAAAGCCCUUAAUGGGCGGCUUAUAAACUUCUUGCGGGAGAAGGCUCAGGUUGAACAACUUCUUCGAUAUAUUGUGGUAGAACCUCCAGAGGAUGCUGACAAGAGGCGAACUUUUAAGAUUCCUUUUAUUGCAUGUGAGAUUUUUACAUGUGAGGUUGAUAUCAUACUAAAAACGUUGGUAGAAGAUGAGGAAUUAAUGAAUUUGUUAUUUUCCUUUUUGGAUUCAAAUCACUCCCAUAGCACACCGCUGGCGGGUUACUUCAGCAAGGUUGUCAUAUGCCUGCUGUUGCGGAAGACAUUGCCAUUCUUGCAGUAUGUUAAGGGUCAUCAAGAAAUUAUCAAGCAGCUAGUUGACCUGAUUGGCAUAACUUCCAUAAUGGAGGUUUUAAUACGACUGAUUGGUGCUGAUGAGCAUAUGUACACUAACUCCAUGGAGUUAAUGAAAUGGAUAGAGGAUACAGAUGUAUUGGACAUGAUUUUGGACAAGUUCAGCUCCUCAGAUUCUGCUGAGGUGCAUGCCAAUGCAGCUGAAACCUUGUGUGCAAUAACGCGAUUUGCCCCUCCUGGUCUCGCUGCAAAAAUUACAAGCCCAAAUUUCAUUGGAAGAUUAUUUCGUCAUGCUUUGGAAGACUCAAGACCAAAAUCUGUUCUGGUCAAUUCCUUGUCUAUCGGCAUAUCUUUGUUAGAUCCUAAGAGGCUAACAUUGGGUGUAUAUCACACGUACAACCGCCAAGUCCCUCAAGGAUCAAUGAUAGCUGCUAACCCUGAGACAGUUGAAGGAAUGCUGGAGAGUUUAGGUGAUUUACUGAAGCUUUUGGAUGUUUCAUCUUCAGAGUCAACCUUGUUAACAACGUAUGGAAAAUUACAGCCACCUCUUGGAAAACAUCGGUUGAAGAUUGUAGAGUUUAUUUCUGUCUUGCUGACAGUUGGUAGUGAUGCUGCUGAAAAGGAAUUGAUUCAACUGGGUGCUGUGCAAAGGAUUUUGAAGUUGUUCUUUGAGUACCCAUAUAACAAUUUCUUGCAUCACCAUGUGGAGAACAUAAUAUUGUCAUGUUUAGAGAGCAAAAAUGUUCCACUUGUUGAACAUCUUCUUCGUGAAUGUAACCUUCUGGGAAAAAUUCUUGAAGCCGAAAAGAAUUGCACGUUAGCUUCUGAUCUAAAUAUGCCAACAGUUAGUGCCGAAGGUAGAGUUCCGCCAAAGAUAGGAAAUAUUGGACACUUGACACAUAUAUCUAACAAACUUGUUCAAAUUGGAAAUAGCAAUGGUGAAAUUCAAGCAUAUCUGCAGGAACAUAGUGAAUGGAUUGAUUGGCAGACAAAUGUCCUAUCAAAGCGUAAUGCUACAGAAAAUGUUUACCAGUGGGCUUGUGGGAGGCCAACUGCACUACAAGACCGGACUAGAGAUAGUGAUGAUGAUGAUUACCAAGAUAGGGAUUAUGAUGUUGCAGCCUUGGCAAAUAACUUAAGCCAGGCAUUUCGAUAUGGCAUUUACAGUAAUGAUGAUAUGGAUGAGGUACCUGGCUCACAUGAACGAGAUGAUGAGGAUGUUUACUUUGAUGAUGAAUCUGCUGAGGUUGUAAUAUCUUCUCUGCGCCUAGGAGAUGACCAAGAAAGUGGUUCUCUUUUUACAAAUUCCAACUGGUUUGCUUUUGAAGAUGAUAGAGUUUCCAAUGAACGUUCAACUGGUGCUCUGGCUUCUGCAUCGGCUAAUACUGAGGGAACUGGCGUUGUGGAUGGUGAUGGUGAAGAUGAUGAGAUUGUUGUUGGUGAUGAUGAUGACUUAGAUGAUACGGCAACAUCUUCUCAGGUGCCCGAUGCAAAAUUAGAAGAUAACUCUGCUGACUUGUCUGAAGACUCCAAAGAAGCUGGACCCAGUGCAAAUGAUAAACCACCUGCUUGGGUUGAAUGGAGAGAGACCCCAGAUUCCCAUGUAGCAUCUGGUUCUGACGAAUCUGCUAUUGUCCUAAACGGUGAACUGCAAUUGAAACUGGAGGAUAAAGGCAGUGAUCAUGACCCAGAUGGUGCUACUGAACCAUCUCCGUCAUCCUCUGACAAUACAAGUGACACCACCUUGGAGACAUCUCAAUCAACAAAUGAAAAUCUUGGUUUAAACCCCCCCGAGCCAUCAGAGUCUGGUAAAGACAAUGUGAGUACAGCUUCAGGAACUGAGUCUACCCCUGAGAAUACCAAAGAUGUUGAAGAUGCAGCCAAGAAAACAGAAAACUAAUGUAAAUUCCGAAGAAUUGGUUUAGUUGAGCUAACUCAUUCUGUGGCGACAUUGAUCUGAUGGGGAUAGGCACUGCUUGGUUGACCAGGCUGUUGUUUUCACAUACAGCCUUCUGUACCUCGUUAAUUGGGCAUUGUUGUCGAUCAGAGUUAGUGAUUCUUUUUUACCACCCAUGCAAAUCCAAUAUUUAAUCUGUUGUCUAGGUUCGGCUAGUGAUUCAGGAAAUGGCAGGCAAGCAGGCACAUUGUAUGCCAAAUUAUAGUGCAAGAACGAGUUAAUAUAAUUGUCAUUUCCCAUGAAUGUCAAAUUGUUGAUUAUAGAAAUGAAUUCUUGUGAAUGCCUUCUUAA